UUUUUGGAAGCAAUUAGUUGAAUAUAACUGCCAAGAAGUUUCAAAUGUGUUUGAACUAACCAAAGUUUGGUAUUGCAUUGUAUAUUAGAAGGUUGUUUUGAAAGCUUGAGGUCACCUGGUGGUCUUGUGGAUUUCAAUUCCCAUCUGCAUAUAAGAGAUGAAAGUAUUUGUUCGGGAGUGUAAAACUGACAAACUACUUCUUACAUGGGAGAAUGUCUCAAAUGAUGCAACGAUUCUCGACCUUAAAAAUAGGAUUUAUCUGGAAAAAAAGAAGCCUCAAUUAAUCCGACAGAGUAUUCGUCUUGAUCCUCGUGGAAAGUCAAUAGAUGAUAACAAACGAAUAUCUGAGUUUGAAAACACGGACAAAUCUGGGUGUGUUAAUUUAUAUUUAAGGGAUAUUGGACCACAAAUUGGUUGGCGUACGGUGUUUUUAUUAGAGUACACAGGACCACUAAUCAUAUAUGCAGUCGUUUGGCUUCUUCGACAACCUUCUUUAAAAAAUAUCAUGCUUCCUCCUAUGUCAUCUGACUUCUAUUUAAGAAAAGUUGCUUUAGCUUGUUGGUCUGGCCACUACAUUAAACGUCUACUGGAAACCGUGUUUGUCCAUCGGUUUUCUCAUGCUACAAUGCCAUUGCGUAAUCUGUUCGUCAAUUGUUCAUAUUAUUUUGGAUUCGCUUUGUUCAUAAGCUAUUUUACAAAUCAUCAUUUAUACACACCACCUACCUUUGGUCACACACAAAUAGUUAUAGGCUUCAUUCUCUUCAUAAUUGGCGAAUGGGGAAACUUUUCAUGUCAUUUAGCAUUUAAACGACUUCGACCAGCUGGUUCAAAAGUUCGACAGAUACCUUAUCCAAUGGAUGGUUGGUUAUGUACUCGGAUGUUUAAUUUAGUGGCAUGUCCUAAUUACACUUAUGAAAUUAUAUCAUGGAUUGGUUUUACUAUUAUGACACAAACAUUACCAGCUCUUAUAUUUACUAUUUGUGGAUUUCGUCAAAUGAGUGUAUGGGCUAUUAAUAAAUUGAAAGCGUAUCGUCUUGAAUUUACAGAUUUUCCAAAAAAUCGAAAAGCAAUUGUACCAUUUAUUCUUUAAUUUCUUUAUUACAUAAUCAUUCUAUGCAUCAUUAAUAUCACUAUGAUUGUUAUUUAACUUUUAAUAUUCAUGGUGAUCUCUGUUUUUAUUUAUUUAUUUGAACACAUAAAUAUUGGUACAAGAGGGCACAAAAUAUAUAUGCACCACACUUUUGUAUGUGGGCUGUAAUACUGCCCGGGUGCCCAGACCGAAACAGGUGGUCUUCUUAGGGGGCCACACCCCGAGCCUUUGACCUAAAGGAAUCCGUUUAAAGCGCCGGACAUUUGCUUUUUCGUCCUCUCAUUUUCGUAGACAACACCCCCACCACGAGAAGGCAGUGAGUAGGACUUCCCUGACAGAGGCUUUAUACGCAUGGCCAUGUGAGAGCAUUUCGAGGGGGAGAGCGGACUCUGCCCACUCUCAGCCGUACCAGGAGAUUUGGGGGCCCACAGUUAUAUAAUAUACUCUUGUGGGCCAGGGUAAUUUUACAUUGGUUUUCAGGAAAACCAAACACCAUCCGGAUUUUCACGUGACAACCCAAACAUUACAGCUCAACCCCGUUUAACAGGAGAACCAGGCACCGUAUAGGCUUUAACGCUACAAUCUGAAUAGUACAGCUCAAUCCUGUGGCGCAACCACACAGGUACCAAGCACCCUGGUGGACCAGAAAAAAAUGAGCACAAAUAUGUAUAUGUCAUUCUGAUGUAUAUUUUUCUAUAAAAUGUAAGACAAGGAAAUACAUUUCGUUUCUAUACUUUCACCUAGAUUAAUCAACGAAAAGAAAACGUAUUCGUAUGAAAGAUUUAUUGGGAGUGUUUAACUUUCAUAGUGUAAUAGAUCAUGGAUUGAUUUUAGUUAGACAGCUAUAUUGAAAACCAGAAAGCAUUGAAUAGACUGUUCUCUCUUGUUGGUAGUACGUACUUAUCCAUGACCUCAUAUUGCUAUCUAGCUCUUUCUAGUUUUCAAUAGUUGUCUAACUAAACGGCAGUCCAUCAUGUAGAUUCUGGGAAAGUAGUUAUAGGGGGUCUCCAAUUAGUUGCCAGUGGGAAAGUUAACAAGUAGGUAAUGGUAUUGUGUCAAAGAUUUCGUAAACAGUGAAUAACUGGCUAAAAGAAAACUAUUGUGGAUCAUGCUCGGAAAGUGUUAGCUUGAGAUAUUUUUCGUCAGAAAGGUAUGCACCAACUUGACUACUGUUGUCUCUGCUUAUCUUUACACGUGGUUUUAAGAAGUUGGUCUACUUCUAAUCCACCAAUUCACACUCGACUGUAAAGAUCAAAAGAUAUUGUACGACAAAUAAUCAUUCUUCUUGACGUAUUUAUAUAUAUUCGCCGAACUUCUUCCGCGAUAAUAAAAUUGCUCCCCCCAUUAAUAACAGGAUAAAGACUUCCACUUAAAGGAGAACUCAUCGUUGCUAAACUAGCUUAUUUCUGUUUCACAAGUAACAUGUUAUCAUCAACUGUCCACACCAAUUUGGGUGUACGCGCAAAGACGUAUCUCAAUAAAUUAUAUGUGAG